CGGCUCGUGGGCGGCAGCGGAGGAGGCGCCUUCGAGGGCAGCCAGGAAGCCAAAGCAGGCAACGCCGCCUCCUGCCACGACCUGCGCCGCGCGCGCCGACGGACAAAGUGCCUGUGGCCGGGCUGGACCGACGGCGCGUCCGGCGCCCCUCCGACCCGCGCAGAGUCUGGCGCCCCGCGGGGCCCAGGCCGGGCAGCCCGGCUAGCAGCUGUCGGGGGCCGCGGCCAUGCAGAGACCCACCGGCCAGGGCGCCGCCUUCUCCAUCGACUCGCUGAUCGGGCACUCGCCGCCCGCGCCGCGCUCCGGCCCGCUGCUCUACACCGGCUACCCAAUGUUCAUGCCCUACCGGCCGCUGGUGCUGCCCCACGGGCCCCUGCAGACGGCCGCUGGCCUCCCUCCGCUGGCGCCGCUGGCCUCCUUCGCCGGCCGCCUCACCAACUCCUUCUGUGCCAGCCUCGGCCAAGCUGUCCCGUCCAUGGUGGCUCUCACCACCGCGCUGCCCAGCUUCGGCGAGCCCCCCGACGGCUUCUACCCGGCGCAGGAGCUGCCGGUCGCCGGACGAGGCAACGCAGAGCCACCCUGCCGCCGACGGAGCGCGCCUGACGGCGUGGAGAGCGACGAGCUGCCCCCGGGACGGGACAAAGGGCCGCCGGAGCCGCCCCUCCACUUCCCGGAGCCCUUCCCGGGCCUGGCAGAAGUGAAGGCCUACAGUUCCGACGAGGAGAAGCUGGACGGGCGGCCCGGCGAGGCGGCGGGCGGCAGCGAGCGCGAAGAGGAGGAGAGCUCGGCCGAGAGCGAAGAGGAGCCCUUCCUGGACGGGGCGGGCGGCGGCGGCGGCGGCGGCGCUCUGGGCGCCGGGCCCAAGGCCAAGGCCAAGCGGGUCCCCGGCGAGCCGGCCUCGUCGUCGUCCUCGGGCUCUGCGCCCUCGUCGUCGGGGCCGGGCAAGAGCCGCCGUCGGCGCACGGCCUUCACGAGCGAGCAGCUGCUGGAGCUGGAGAAGGAGUUCCACUGCAAGAAGUACCUGUCGCUGACGGAGCGCUCGCAGAUCGCGCACGCGCUCAAGCUCAGCGAGGUGCAAGUCAAGAUCUGGUUCCAGAACCGGCGCGCCAAGUGGAAGCGCAUCAAGGCCGGCAACGUCAGCGGCCGCUCCGGGGAGCCCGUCAGGAACCCCAAGAUCGUCGUGCCCAUCCCCGUCCACGUCAACCGCUUCGCCGUGCGCAGCCAGCACCAGCAGCUGGAGCAGGGACAGCACCCCUGAGCCCCCCCCCCCGCCCCAUGGACGGACUGCGCGGACGGGGAGGCGGGCGCCCCCGGCCGCCCCCGACCCUCUCCCUGCCCCCCGCACGCGCCCUUGUACCAUAGCCCUUAUUUAUUCGGUGUAAAGUCUAUACAGAGGGGCGCUCCUUCCUCAAGGCGGGCGGCGUCGGGGGCCCCGCACAUCCCCCCCCCCGCCCGCGUCAAUGUGUCAGUUCCGUGCAGAGUCGUGAUGAAAGUCAAUAAACUUACUUUUCUA